AUGCCCUCGCACAGCAUCUCCGCACAACAGCUGGCGGACAUGCUGCCCACCGGCGUCGCCAUCCUCAACCACCGCGAUGAAGCCAUCUUCACCAACCGCCGAUUCCGCGACCUCAUGACCAAGUGCGACCCGCGCUCCUUCGCCUGCUGGUCCCAAUCCAUCCAUCCCGACGACUUCGCCCGCCUCGCGGAAGCCUACCACGACGCCUCCCGCGCCCAGCGGCCCCUCCGCAUCGAGUACCGCACCCGCGACGACGACUGUCCCUGGCGCCUGCUCACCCUCAGCCCCAUGGGCCCCGACGAGCGCGCCCUCUUCGGCCUCGCCACCGCCGGCGGCGCCAUCUGCACCAUCGCCGACAUCACCCAGGAAAAGACCGCCGAGCUCUCGCAGCGGAAAAUCGCCGAGGAAGCGCAGCAGCGCAAAACACAGCAGGAGCGCUUCAUCGACAUGAUCAGCCACGAGGUGCGGAACCCGCUCUCUGCCAUCCUCCACUGCACCGAGGACAUUCUCGAAGCGGUACACCGAGCCCGCAAGGGGCAGAGCUCCGCCGAGGAGACCCACGCGACCAUCGCGCAAGCCGCCGAGACGAUCGGGCUGUGCGUCGCGCACCAGAAGAAGAUCGUCGACGACGUGCUGACCUUCUCGAAGGUGGACGCGGGGAUGCUGACGCUCACGCCGCGCCGGGUGCAGCCGCGCCGCCAGCUGGCCACCUCGCUGACUAUGUUCCGGCCCGAGCUGCGCAAGGAGAACAUCGAGUUCGAGUACAAGCUGGACCAUUCGUACGAGGAGCAGGAGAUCGACUGGGUGAUGGCCGAUCUGGACCGCAUGAGCCAGGUGCUUAUCAAUCUCGUCUCGAACGCCAUCAAAUUCACCGCCAAGUCCGGCGGCGAGAUGAAGGUGCGUGUGUCGAUGGGUGCGUCGACUACGCGGCCCCCGUCGUAUCCGCCCAACGUGGUGUUCUUCAACUCGGAUAAGACCGCGUUGGGGCUGGACAAGACGCAGCAGACGGAGUGGGGGGACGGGCCGAGAGCGUAUAUCAUGGUUGCGGUGCGAGAUACAGGGAUUGGGAUCAGCGAUGAGGCGCAGAAGCGGCUGUUUGAGCGGUUUAACCAGGCGACGCCGCGGACGGAGAGCAUAUACGGGGGCUCGGGGCUGGGGCUGAACGUCAGUCGGCGGCUGUGUCAUCUGCACGGCGGCGAGAUCGGGGUGAGCUCGAAAGAGGGCGAAGGCAGCACGUUUGGCUUCUUCUUUGCCGUCCGCAAAAGCGACGAGGUCGGAGAAUCGUCCACCAGCCCGACGGCUGAGAUUGACCAGACCUGCCGGAAGAUCCAGUCGCUGGGAAAUGAGAUGACCAACGAGAAACAUCAAAUGACCUCGCCUGCCAUUCCGGAGGACCCCGAGGUGACUUAUAUCGAAGAGAUCAAUCCCGCCUGCAACAGCGACGGGAGAAAGGACCACACGGCCAAAAUAGCCGAAGAGAUUACAGACAAUACAGACACUGAGAGCUCUACACACCAGACCCAGUCCAAGGAGGAAAAUGACGGCAAAACAGACGGCCAACGCAUCCUCCUCGUCGAAGACAAUAUCAUCAACCAGCGCAUCCUCUCGCGGAAGCUCCAAGGCUGCGGUUUCAGCGUCACCGAGGUCUGCAACGGCCGAGAGGCUCUGGACGCCGUGAAGAAAGACCACUUUGACUGUAUUCUCAUGGACCAGGCGAUGCCGGUGAUGGACGGCAAUUCCGCGACCAAGGCGAUCCGCGAGUUUGAAAGGAACGAUCGGCGGAGCAUAUCCCCGUGCUAG